UCUUCUCUCUCUCUCUCUCUCUCUUUUCACCUUCUCUGACACCACUGCCUUCUCUUUCUCUCAUCUCUCUCCAUCUGUGUUUCUAAGCUUGAUGCCUGAUAGUGCAAGCAAAGCAAAGCAAAGCAAACACCACCCCCACACUUUUUUUAAAUCUAUUCUUUUUAUUUUUAUCUUCUCUCUUUGACAAUCCUCUAAAACCCUUCUUCUUUUGUUCCUCUUCUCUUUCUCUUCGGCCUACUCCUAAAAAAUUUUCCUCUAUUUCUCACUGUUUAAAUAUAUAUAUCUAUAUUCAUAUAUAUUUAUAUGUUGUCCAUCUUUCACUGAGAGAGUGCUGUUUUUACACUGUUUCUACCAUUGUAGUUGGUGUUGUCUUCUUCUUUCACACCAACAAAACAAACUGUUCAAUAUUUAGGAAAGCAAGAGUCCAAGAAGUUUGAUUCAGUCUCACAACUCUCCAUAACUUCCAAGAAAACAUAUGGAUCUCUCUGGGGAUGAAGUGGAUCACCAUCAUCAUCAUUAUCAACAUCAUCAUCAUCAUCAACAACAACAACAGCAUCAUCAAAUGGCAAUCCCAAUUAUCCAAGAAACAAACCCUCCUCUCAUCCUCCCUCCUUACAUCAACAACAACAACAACAACAACAACAACAACAACAUCAGCAUGAAGAAGAUGAAGACAGUGAAAUACAAAGAGUGUCUCAAAAACCAUGCAGCUUCCAUUGGUGGCAAUGCCACAGAUGGCUGUGGAGAGUUCAUGCCUAGUGGUGAAGAAGGCAGCCUUGAAGCCCUUAAAUGCUCUGCAUGCAACUGCCAUAGAAACUUCCACAGAAAAGAAAUUGAAGGCAUGCAUGACCACUCCUCCUCCUGCUCUGACCACUUACACUGCUACUACCCCCACCAUUACAACACCACCACCAACAACAACAGCAAACCAAGGAAGGGACUUCUCAUCUCACAACACCAGAUGAUCAUGCCAUUGGGUGCCAUCCACUCCUCAGACCAGUCUGACCAUGAGAUGCCAAUGGCAAGACCUACCAUGGCUAUGAAAAAGAGAUUCAGAACCAAGUUCAGUCCCCUUCAGAAGGAGAAGAUGAUGGACUUUGCUAACCAAGUUGGCUGGAAGUUACAGAAACAAGAAGAGAGCUUUGUCCAGCAAUUCUGUCAAGAGAUUGGUGUCAAGAGAAGAGUUCUCAAGGUUUGGAUGCAUAACAACAAGCACAACUUAGCCAAGAAGAUCAAUACUACUUGUGAUGAUCCUCCUUCUUCUUCUUCUCCUCCUCCACUCCUUAAUCCUCCUCCUCCUCCUCCUCCUCCAUUGCUUGAGUGAUUUCUCUCUUUUUGUUAUCUUUCUUCUUCUGGUUU